AUGAGUGAUCAAAAAACAAAUAAACCCAUUAGGGUAGCAUUUAUCCAUCCAGAUCUGGGUAUUGGUGGCGCUGAAAGAUUGAUAGUUGAUGCAGCACUUGGUUUACAAGAAAAAGGUUAUGAGGUGAAAAUGUUCACCUCUCAUUGUGAUAAAAACCAUUGUUUCGAAGAAGUUAAGGAUGGUACAUUGGAAGUGGAAGUUUUUGGAGACGACCUUCCAACCAAUUACCAAAAGAGAUUUUUUAUUGUUUUUGCUACUUUGAGGCAACUAUUUUUAAUUUGGAAACUGUACUCAACAGACCAGCUAAACAAUUACGAUCUUUAUAUUGUCGAUCAAUUAUCAACAUGCCUUCCAUUUUUACAUUUAUUCUCUAACGCUAAAUUAUUUUUUUACUGUCAUUUCCCUGAUAAAUUUUUAAGUUACAGAAGCUCUUUACUGAAAAAAUUGUACAGAAUCCCAUUCGAUUUGACAGAACAAUUUGCUUUAAGUUGUGCUGACAAAAUCGUCGUCAAUUCCAAAUUUACAGGGUCUAUGUAUCGUAAGGCAUUUAACUUGCUAAGGGAUGAGCCGGAUGUUAUAUAUCCAUGUGUUGAUCUUGAACCAAUAAAAAUUGAUGAUGUUGAUCAAAUAUUAUUCGAUCAAUUGUUUAAUGAUGGAGAUAAAUAUUAUUUGAGUAUAAACAGAUAUGAAGGGAAAAAAAAUGUCAAAUUAGCCUUGAGAGCAUUUGCCUUGUCAAAAGCUGCGUCGGAUGAUAAAUUGAAGUUGGUAAUUUGUGGUGGAUAUGACCCUAGAGUGAUAGAAAAUGUAGAGAAUUUAUUAGAAUUAGAGAAAGAGGCUAAAGCAUUGAAGUUACCAUAUUCUACUAUUUCUUAUACUGAUUAUAGCCAAGAUCAUGAUUUGGUAAAUAUAGAUACAAAGGAUAAGAAAGUAAUUUUCUUAACAUCUAUCUCUACAUCGUUGAAGGAAUUAUUAUUAAGCAAAACAGAAAUGUUAAUGUAUACGCCAACAAAUGAACAUUUUGGUAUUGUGCCUUUAGAGGCAAUGAAAUAUGGUAAACCUGUACUGGCUACAAAUACUGGGGGUCCAUUAGAAACCGUUGUCUCAUAUAUUCCAAACAAGAAUGAAGAUGAAACUACAGGUUGGUCGAGAGCCCCUAUUCCGGGAUCUUGGGCCAACGUAAUUGAUAAUAUUAUGACUCUUCCUGAUAUUGAUUUCAAGAGUAAUGGUGAAAAGAGAAUUAAAACUCAUUUUACACGUGAUGUGAUGACGUGGGCUUUUGAAGAGAAUAUCGAUAAAAUUUUGUGGAAGAAAAAGACUAAACUAUUCUGGGAAAAUAUCCUAUUUUCUUUACUUCGUUUGAUGCUUCAUGUUUUAAUUGUAAAGAUAUACCCUACGGCUUCGAUGCCAUUCUUAUUUUUGGCUGCGGUAUCCUUUUUAUACUUCAAAGAUUUUAUGGGUACAGUUUAUUGGUCAUUCAUUUUCGUUUUAACUUCUGAUAUGUUAGCUAAUUACUUGUCUAAGUAA